AUGCUGUCUAUUCUCGCCGCCGCCGCCGUCAUGGCCGUCUCGGCCAACGCUCAGGUCACCGCCACCCAGCCCAACGGCCGCACCAACCCUUCCGCCCCCGCCUUCAUGCCCGUUGGCUCCUACGUCAACCAGACAUCCGUCUCGAGGUUGAUCUCGCUUAACGGUGUCGAUGACUUCUGCCUCUGGGGUCCCCCUGAGCCCGGACCGGACAGCUUGAUCGGAAACGUCGAGCCCAUCGUCGUCGCCUACUGCACCAAGCCCAGGAACAACGCCCGUCUCAUCCCCGACGGUACCAUCCAGGCUGCCCACUACAUCAAGACCCCCCUCUACGUCCAGAUCUCCGGCUUCUGGGACGGCACAAAGGCCAACAUCCCCUACGGUGACUCCGGAGGAGAGCUCGACCCAUGGGGAGCUGAGAACCUUGGUAACCCCGUCGGCGGUAACGCCACCUCGAACGUCGAGGGCCGGGAUGUUUGGUACAUGCAGUGGAUGAGCUUUAUCUCGUUCGACCAGUACUGUCUCCGUAUCUGUACCGCUGAGAACGCCACCAACACCGCCGAGCUGCAGUGCGAGCACGAGCUUGACAUCAUGGGAUGCCAGUUCGUCAUGGCCAUCGGCGACUACUACUCGUCGAACAACACCUUCACCUCGUGUGACGGUGCCGCUGCCGCUCCCCCAGGUCUCUACCCCCUCGCCAACGGCUCCACCUCCACCUUCCGUCAGCGAUACACCGGUUCGUACACCCAGGGCGGCUCCGUCGGCUACUUCACCGUCGGCCAGACCGUUACCCCCUCCGCCCCCGCGUGGAUCCCCGCAACCUCCAACUGCUUCACCUACAGCACCAUCUCCAACGGUGUCAACACUGCCAACUGGCUCGUCGCCUCGGCUCCCUCGACCCUCUCUGGCGGCUCAACCCUUGCUGUGGGUAACGUCGCCUCGACCUCGAUGUCGCGUCCCUCCAUGGCUUCCGCCUCGGCCACCUCGUCGUCGGGCUCAGGCUCCGCCUCGCGCUCCGGCUCGUCAUCCUCGGGUGUCGGCGCAUCGGCUUCCGGUGCGUCCAACUCGGCCGCUUCCGGCGCUGCUGCCGCCUCGUCGUCCCGCGCUGCCGGGUCCGCAGUCAUCCUUGGUCUCCCCAGCAUGGGCUCCAUGGUCGCCAUUGCUGGCGCCAUGGUCUUUGGUGCGGCUGCCGUUGCUCUCUAA